UUAUUUUGAGUAGAAAUAUUUAAAAAGAAAAAAAAAAUGAAACCGGACCAAAAAAGAAUAAAAAUAAUAACAGAAUACGUAGUAGGUUAAAUAAAUAGAAAACGCGGGUGGAAGAAAGUAAGAAGAAAAACCCUAAUCAUCAUAUCUUCUGCCGCCGUCGUCUGUUAGAGGGUUUCGAGAGAAGCAAAGUGAGCAAGAAUGGCGGGAGGCAAGAUGAGGAAGGAGAAGCCCAAGGCUUCGAAUCGAGCACCGUCGAACCAUUACCAAGGAGGAAUAUCGUUCCACAAAUCGAAAGGGCAACAUAUCCUUAAGAACCCUCUGCUUGUGGAUUCGAUCGUUCAGAAAGCUGGGAUUAAGAGUACCGAUGUGAUUCUCGAGAUCGGUCCCGGUACUGGAAACUUGACCAAGAAGCUUCUAGAAGCUGGCAAAGAAGUUAUCGCCGUCGAACUCGAUUCUCGUAUGGUUCUCGAGCUUCAGCGCCGUUUUCAAGGAACUCCCUACUCUAACCGCUUGAAGGUAAUUCAAGGUGAUGUGCUCAAGACCGAGCUUCCCCGGUUUGACAUAUGUGUGGCUAACAUUCCCUAUCAGAUAUCAUCUCCUCUCACAUUCAAACUUCUCUUCCAUCCAACAAGCUUCAGAUGCGCUGUCAUCAUGUACCAGAGGGAAUUCGCCAUGAGACUCGUUGCCCAGCCUGGUGACAAUCUCUACUGCCGUCUCUCUGUCAACACUCAGCUUUAUGCCAGAGUCUCCCACCUCCUCAAAGUCGGCAAGAACAAUUUCCGCCCACCCCCAAAGGUCGAUUCUUCGGUUGUCCGCAUCGAACCUAGGAGGCCUGGCCCUCAGGUUAACAAGAAGGAGUGGGAUGGCUUCUUAAGAGUCUGUUUCAUCAGAAAGAACAAAACCUUGGGAUCAAUUUUCAAGCAAAAGUCUGUUCUUUCCAUGCUCGAGAAGAACUACAAGACUCUUCAGGCUGUACUAGCUUCUUUGCAGAACAAUGGAGAUGCUGCUUUGAACACCUCCAUGGAUCUUGGUGACCAGAGCAUGGGAAUGGAAGAUGAUGACAACGAAAUGGAUGACGAUGAUAUGGAGAUGGAUGACGGAGAAGGAGACGGAGGAGAAACAUCAGAAUUCAAGGAAAAAGUUAUGAAUGUGUUGAAGGAAGGUGGUUUCGAGGAGAAGAGAUCUUCAAAGCUAUCACAACAAGAGUUUUUGUAUCUUCUCUCCUUGUUCAACAAGUCUGGUAUUCACUUCACAUAAUUGUUUUGUGGUGGGAAAGUUUUGUCCUUUAUUAUUAUUCAAGUUUAACAUUUGGAUGUGAAAAUCAAUCAAAGUCUUUGAGGUUAUUGACGCUUU